CCACCUGCUGUGCUGUAGUCAGUGUGCUGAUGAAUGAACUCCAGUAGAGGACAGUCAACACUGUACAUUCACAGAGAAGUGAAGACGACACACAGUGUGAGGAUCGCACCGUCUCCCUGCACACACACACACACCGACACCACUGGAUCUUAAUAUUACAAAAAAAUCAUCCUGGAUAUUUAAGGAUGCGGCAUGGUGUGGUGCUGUGUGUCCUGCUGCUGAUCAUGUCGGGGAGAGGUCUGAGUCGACGGAAGGGCAGACAGAAAGUAAACAGUCUAGUGGUUCAAAAUGAAGCAAAAGCUCUGAUUUGUCCAGUGGAGGUGGUCUUCCUGGUGGACAGCUCUGAGAAUGCCAAAGCUCUUCUGUUUGAGAAGCAGCGCAGCUUCGUUCAGCGUUUCAGCACCAGGUUGUCUCCGCUGCAUGUUCCCGGCUGGCGUGUACGUGUGCGUUUGGCCGUGUUGCAGUACAGCAGCACAGUCUCAGUGGAACACAACUUCCGUGACUGGCAGGAUGUGGACGUCUUCCAAAGUCGAGUGUCAUCCAUGUCCCACAUUGGUCACGGCACAUAUUUGGCCUACGCCAUCUCGAACGCCACACAGCUCUUUACUCAGGAGACGGCGGACAGCAGUGUGCGUAUCGCCCUGCUGAUGACGGACGGAGUGGAUCACCCACGCAGUCCGAGCCCCAUUGCUGCUGCCACAGACGCCAAAAACAACAACAUCCGAGUGUUCGUCAUCGGUCUGACGCGAGACGGGCAGGGUGAUACCAGGCUGAGGUCCAUCGCCAGUCCCCCAGCACAGCAGCACAUUUUCAGCCUUGAGGAUCCUCAGCUGGAAGAGAGGCUUUUCAUAGAGUUGAGCAUGGCUGUUAACACAGAGUGUCCUCAGCCCAAAUCCUGUCUGUGUGAUAAAGGAGAAAGGGGUCCUACAGGAAACCCGGGGAAACCAGGUAACCCAGGAAUUCCUGGUAUUCCUGGUCUCAAAGGAUCCAGAGGGGCACCCGGCCUGAACGGACGACCAGGAAUAGAAGGCCGUGAGGGAAGACCAGGAGUGAGAGGAGAAAAGGGUGAUACAGGAGAGUGUGGAGCAGCAGGGCUGAAAGGAGAUCAAGGUGCAGGUGGACCACUGGGACCUCGUGGACCUCCAGGAGAGCAGGGUCCAAUUGGUGAUCCUGGAGAUCAUGGUCCAGUUGGUCCGGCUGGACCUAAAGGUGAACGAGGACCUACUGGAGCUUCCGGUCCUCCUGGAGACCAGGGGAUUGGAUUUCCUGGUCCGAAGGGAGACAAAGGGAACCAGGGCAGUCUGGGACCUACUGGACCUACUGGGAUAGGAGAGCCAGGACCACCAGGAUUACCGGGACCGCCGGGUCUCCCAGGCAACCAAGGUUUUCCGGGUGAAGGUUUACCAGGACCUAAGGGGGACAGAGGCUUUGUGGGUCCAAAAGGUGCAGCCGGACCUCCAGGGUUCGGUGUCAAAGGAGAUAAGGGCAAUGCUGGAGCUCCAGGACCACCAGGACUGAUUGGACUUCCUGGACUUGGGAUUCAGGGAGAAAAGGGUGAACAGGGACUGAUUGGGCCGCUGGGUCUUAGAGGAGUUCCUGGUGUGGGCAUUGUAGGCCCAAAGGGGGAUCAGGGCUUUCCUGGUGAACAUGGACAACCAGGAGAAAGAGGCAUCGGAGAACCUGGACCGAAAGGAGACCCGGGAUCAGAUGGUGCUCCGGGAAUUCCUGGUAUCCCAGGAGAAGAUGGAGCUGUUGGACCCAAGGGUGAGAUGGGUUUACCAGGUCCUCAAGGUCCUGAUGGUGCGCCAGGAAAAGGAACUCCAGGAGAAAAGGGCGAUCAAGGUGACCGAGGUGUUCGUGGACUUCCAGGAUCUCCGGGACCUGCGGGACCGCCUGGGGCAAAGGGAGAACCUGGUAGUCCCGGGAUGUUGGGGAUGCCAGGGCCCCCGGGAUUUGGAUAUCCCGGUUCAAAGGGUGAGCCUGGGCCUGUGGGUCCUCAGGGUGUGGUCGGAGAGCCGGGAAUCGGACUCCCAGGGCCAAAGGGUGACAGAGGACCUCCUGGACCAGUGGGACCACAAGGGUUAGUGGGAGAAGGUCACCCUGGACCUCAGGGACUUCCUGGAUUUCCUGGAGAACCAGGAGAAAUGGGACCAGAAGGUGUCGGACUACCGGGACCUAAGGGGGACAGAGGUUUACCUGGGGUUUCUGGACAUCCUGGACCACCUGGAAUUGGACAUUUAGGACCAAAGGGUGCGACCGGUCAGCCAGGUCCUCCUGGUCCUCCAGGUCCCCCAGGUGAGGGCAUUCAGGGCCCAAAAGGGGAGCCAGGCUUCCAGGGACCACCAGGCCCCAGAGGUCCAACAGGACACGGCCUUGCAGGAGAGAAGGGGGACAGGGGUCUGCCUGGUGAACGAGGAAGAAAAGGAGACGGCGGAGAUUUCGGAGUGUCCGGCCAAACAGGAGCAGCGGGAAUACCUGGUGAGAAGGGAGAACCCGGCCUGUCAAGAGAAGAAGUGAUCAAAAUAAUCAGGGAACUCUGUGGUUGUGGUCUGAGGUGCAGUGAUAGACCCCUGGAGCUCGUCUUUAUAAUCGACAGCUCUGAGAGCGUCGGCCCAGAGCACUUCGAGCUCACGAAGGACUUUGUGAACUCUCUGAUAGACCACAUGUCUGUGAACUGUGAGGCUACACGUGUGGGAAUUGUGUUAUACAGUCACGCUGACAUGGUGGUGGUCAACCUCCAGCAGCUGUGUGACCGCACAAGCAUUAAAGCUGCCGUACGCAAGAUGCCCUAUCUGGGUGAGGGCACUUUUACAGGACGUGCUAUCCGCAGUGCCACGCGUGUGUUCCAGGCCUCACGUCAGGGCGUCAGGAAGGUGGCUGUGUUGCUGACGGACGGACAGGCGGACAGACGGGAUGCGGUGCGGCUGGAGGUCGCUGCAGAUGAAGCGCACGCUGCUGGGAUAGAGAUGUUUGUGAUCGGAGUAGGGAAUAGCAGUGAUUCGGGUUACUCCCAGUUUCUUAGAGAGAUGAAAUCCAUCGCUUCGGACCCGGAUGAGGAGCACAUCUACCUCAUCCACGACUUUGUGAACUUGCCCAGCUUGGAGAAUGAGAUACUGAGUCGGAUCUGUGAGCCGGAUGAUGGCAAAGAGCCGGAAACUCCAGGGGAUUUUAAACCUCCCUCUGGAGGAAGGUACGAAAUUGACGAGAGGACGAUUUUAGAGCUCGAGGAGGAUUUCAGUGAUUUCACAGAAAGGAACAGAGACAGUCUCCAGCCUCCUGACGUGACCAUGACCAGACCUCGGCUUUCCUCCAAUGUCCGGUUCGACCCGGAGAUCAGCUCUCCUUCACAGAUUCAACCUCCACCGCUUCGGUCUGGAGCAGCUGUUGGCUGUACGGAGCGUCUGGACCCCGGGCCUUGCAGGAGCUACGAGGUGAAGUGGUACUACGAUGCUUUAGCUAACUCAUGCGCACAGUUCUGGUACGGCGGUUGCCAAGGCAACAGCAACCGCUACGACACGCACCGGAGCUGCAUGGACGCUUGUGCGAGAACAUGAUGUGGCUCGUUUUUAAUUCAGUAAACAAGAACGUGAAUUCUGGAAAGUUCCACCAUAAAGGAAACCCUUACGCUUAAGUAAUAUGUAAAUAUAAACCAACAACUUUUUAUUAGGAAAUGUGAAGAGUACCAUGUGUGUGUGUGCUGAAUGUAUUAGUGUUUUGAUUUGUUGUUAUUUUUAUUUUUAUAAUAUAAUAUAUAUAGACGUUAUUCUGGAUGUGAUUUGCAGUUAUAUAUAUAUAAGGAAUAAAAGACUUGAGGGUUGUGCUGUUUUAGGAAAUUAACGAAUAGUGUGAUGUAGAUCAACGCAAAAUAGAAAUUUUUACCAUAACCCUACAUAACAAAGUGUUUCAUUCCACCCUUUCAUUCCAGUUUCGCCAAAUUAACAUGUUUUUUAUUUAUUAAAAAGCACUUUUUUUGUCUAUUUACAGCAGAACAUGCUUA